UUAGUGAAUUUAGUGAAUGUCCCUUUUUGUCAUUUUCAAAUUUUCUGCCGUUCCGUCCCCUGUACAUCCCGAUGCUCGCAGGGAACGGAACCCAGAUGAGAGAUGCCGGCAUCCGCCAGAGGACAUUGCCGGGGACACUGCAGGAGGGACAUCGCGGGAGCGCAGGACAAGGUAAGAGCAAGAGGGAUCCCGGAGCAGCGCCGCAUGGUAUUCCCGAGUGUAGCUCAGGGUUACCGCUUGUGGUACGGAAACUUUACCCCGAGCUUCACUCGGGAAUACCGCCAGGGAGGUUAAAGCAGUAACACACUGGGGUUGAUUUACUAAAACUGGAGAGUGCAAAAUCUGGUGCAGCUCUGCAUAGUAACCAAUCAGCUUCCAGGAUUUAUUGCUUUAUAGCUUAAUUGAACAAGCUGAAGUUAGCAGCUGAUUGGCUACCAU